UAUGAAUCCAGAUAUGCCUGUCCAUGUGCAAAGUAAAUCUGAAAUUCCAUAUUGUUUCGUAGAUCUCAAAUAUGAAGACUUUGACAUCAUAAAGCCUUUAGGAAAAGGAGCCUAUAGUGAAGUAGUGUUGGCUAAGAACAAACUCACUGGACAUGAAUCAGCCCUUAAAAUUGUGGACAAGAAUUUCCUCCUUAAAGUAAGCAUUUCCCAUUAAUAAUGUAGGAGAAAAAGAUGCAUCAUGCAUGCAUUGAGAGAGAAGUGCUGGGUAAUUUGAGACACAAAGGAAUCAUUAAAUUAUUCAAUGCAUUUGAAGAACACGAUAAAUUAUAUUACUCACUUGAAGUGUUAACUGAUGGUAAUUUGUUAGAAUACAUGAACAGUAAUUCAUAUUUGUAAUGCUUAGGGCAUGUUUUGAAUGAUUCAAUAAUAAAAUUCUAUGCAGCUGAAUUGUUGCUAAUUCUUGAAUAUUUGCACCAGAAUGGGUUGGUCCAUCGAGAUGUCAAGCCAGAGAAUAUUCUAUUGACCAAGGAUAAACAUUUAAAACUUAUUGAUUUUGGAACAGUAUUUGUUUAUGAUCAUACUAAAAUUGACAUCGGAAAUAAACUAGAGGAUAUAAGAAUUUAAUAUCAAAAGCAAAGGUCUCCCUCUUUAAAUGAUUUUGAGAAACCUGCAAUUAGGUAUUGCAGAGAUUCUAGUUUUGUGGGCACAUCCGAAUACUUGUGUCCUGAACUAGUUGAUUACAAUGUAAUUGGUCCAUAAGCUGAUUUAUGGGCUUUAGGAUGUUUCAUUUAUCAAUUAUAUACAAAUAAAACUCCAUUCUAUUCAGAAAAUGAAUUUGAAUUGUUUAAUAACAUAAGCCAAUGUUCAUGGUCACAAGAAUAAAGCAUACCGAAUGAUGCUUUGGAUCUCAUCAAGAUUUUACUCGAUAAGGAUCCUUCAAAAAGAUUUCAUGGAGAGUUUGAUGGUAUUUAAAUAAUAAUAUCAUUGCUAGAUUGCCAGUAUAAUUAUGAUAGUCUCAAGCAACAUCAAUUUUUUAGAGGAAUUAAUUUUAAAUAGAUGUGGUUGUAAGAUGUCCCUUUUAUAAAUACAGCCACCACAUAUAAAAGAAAGGUGAGUAGAAUUCAAACUACCUUUGUUGAAAACAAUUUAACCUCUCGGGAUAAAUUUGAUGUUAGAGGAAUUUCUGUGACAAAACACAAGGCAGAUUCUAUAGUAAUAUAAGGGCAAUUAGAUAAGGAACAUGGAGUUCUAUUUAUGACUCAGUUCUCUCUUAGACAUGCAAGUAUUGUAUGCUAAGAUGGGAAGGCAAGUUUUAUCUAUAUUAAUCCUUAAUUAAACAAUAAAAAGGUAUUAUUUUGAAGUUAAUUAUUAGACAAUAAUACCCUUAAAUUAGUUUACUUCAUGCAAGUUGUUAGGGAAAGGGAAAUUCAUUGUUGGUGAUAGAAAUAAAAAGAAAUACAUUUUCAAGUAGAGAGAAAAUAACGUACCAGCUCAACAAUGGGUUAACUUAAUUAACAAAUAUAUCAAAUCCAAUCAUUAUUGAUUGGAAUUUAUUUAUUACAUAAC